AUGUCGUCCAUCCGCACAAUGCGCAUGUCGGACCUCCUGCGCCUCACCACGACCAACCUCGACCCCUUCACCGAAACCUACAACAUCGGCUUCUACCUCGAGUACCUGACCAAAUGGCCCGAUCUAUGCCGGGUGAUCGAGGGCGUCGACGGCGAGAUCGAAGGCUACAUCCUCGGCAAACUCGAGUCCUCCCCCUUCCCGCCCCAAGUCCACCCCUACUCCCCACACACCAAUCCAGACCCCAACUACCUCCCCUGGCACGGCCACAUCACCGCUUUGACUGUGGCCCCGCGCGCCCGCCGCCUCGGCCACGCGACCGCGCUGUCCGACAGCCUGGCCAAAGCCUGCGACGCGGCGGAUGCGUGGUUCGUCGAUCUGUUCGUGCGCGAAAGCAAUGUCGUGGCCAAGGAGCUGUACCGCAAGAUGGGCUACAGCGUGUAUCGCAAGGUCAAGGAGUACUAUAAUGAUGGGGAGGAUGCGCUGGAUAUGCGGAUGCCGCUGAGCAGGGAUAAGGACAGGGCGCAUGUGAGGGAGGAUGGAGAGACCUUUGAGGUGCUACCGCAAGAUGUAUGGUGA